AUGACCGGCGACGAAGAGGCGGCGGCGGUGGUGGUGGAGGAGGAGGAGGAGGAGGAGGAGGCCAUUUCAACAACCGCAAACGAAGAUACAGAGGUGGUUUAUUUUAGUACUGUCCGAUGGCCCUUCCAUUCUGACGAUGUCGCAGAGGACGAUUACGAAGAUCGCCGUCCCCAGCGCCGUCGCUACGAGGAGCCGGUCGCGCUGACUAUACGCAAACAAGUCCUGUCCAUCGCAGAAAGUCCUGUUCGGAGAGCGGAAGACGAAGUCGCAACUAUCGCAAAGACUCUUGCGGAGAACUAUUUUGAUACUGAUCUCACUUCGGGUUUCCUAGAUCUCGUCGUGCAACUCCCGGUCGAACAACCCCUGAAGACUCCGUUCGUUGCGGCCAUUUUGCUUUUGUCAAAUGUCCAGAAACCCGAAUUUACAUCCGAGGUGUUGGUCAAAGUCGGAGAAGCCUUACAAAAGCAACUGAACAAUGGGGCCUGGCGAGAAGUUAAACUAUACCUGCGGCUUCUAGGAUGCCUUCAGGGCAUGUUUGAGGGAGAUGGCAUCUUUCCCUUACUUGAAGAGCUCUUCUCCCGCGCAGCCGACCUACAAAUGAAGUCGUCUGAAGACUCUCUGGGUCUCGAGCUCGUCAAAGUCAUCUUAAUGACGCUUCCUUACGCCAUGGCUUCCUCGGCAACGGGUUUCGAGACUCAGGCCAUUGCACUGCUGGAGAAGACGGAUAUCAUUGCUUCGACUGCCCACCCCCUGGAAUCGCUGGUCGAUCCAUUUCCGAGUCGCGAAGCCGGGGCACCAACUGGUUCAGAGAGCGCACUUGCGCUUCUCCAAAGACAUAUGCAAGAUGAGGCCAAGAACUCUUGGGAGUUGGCCUGCCUACCUCGCCCAUGGAAAGGAAACCGCGCCCCUGAAGAGGAGGAUCCGUUGGAUGGGGCACAAAAACACCCAUUCCCUAGCGUGACUGUCCCAGGAACUGUUAAGAACGGCCCUCGACCACUUUUCCCGGAGAUUUACUUCUCCGUCUAUCGCGAACAAGAUAUCGAGACGGUCCCUCCUGUGGCUGAUCCCGCUGCAUUACUUAUUCGAGACGCCCUAUCCGAUACCAUCAACGUCCUCGAUUUCAAUCGAGCGGUAGCCGCCAAAUUUCUGAUCGAUGUCGAUUGUUAUUUUGCUCCAGACACUUUCGUGAAGAGGGCCACACCAUUUGACAAGUUGCGAGAGGUCGCCGGGGACAAAGCAACCUGGAAACCGGAGGAUGUUGUUGUGGAUGCGGCAUUUUCACAACUGCUGCAAUUGCCAGCUCCCGAGCAUAAAUUGGUGUACUAUCACUCGGUGCUGACCGAAGCAUGCAAGCUCGCUCCUGCCGCUGUUGCGCCUAGUUUGGGACGGGCAAUCCGCUUCUUGUACAGGAACGUGGAUAAAAUGGAUCUGGAACUCUCUCAACGCUUCUUGGAUUGGUUUGCCCAUCAUCUCAGCAAUUUUGGUUUCACAUGGAAAUGGACUGAAUGGGUCGAUGAUGUCAAUCUGCCUCACGUUCACCCGAGAAAAGCUUUCAUUAUCGAUGCUUUGGACAAAGAAAUUCGACUGAGCUUUUCGAAGCGCAUCAAGGGCACGCUGCCAGAACCCUAUCAAGCCCUAAUCUCGGAGGCCAAAGAAAAGGACGUGCCUGAUUUCAAAUUCGACAAUGAAUCGACACCCUUUGCUGCUGAAGGAAAAGAAGUUGCCCAGAUGAUACGACACAAAGCGGUCAGCGAGGAAUUUGGUCCGAUUCUAGAGAAGGUUGAGCAAGAAGCUACUGCUUCAGGAUUGUCCGAACCUACCCUUGCCUCUGCAGAUGUCUUUGUCACUUCGAUGUGUUGGAUUGGGUCCAAAUCGCUGUCUCACGCUUUGGCCUGCAUUGAACGGUGCAAGGAGCGUCUACUGGCUAUAAGCGCUUCCAGUCCCGCCUGCAGAAAGCAAAUCAUCACUUCUGUGAUGGAUUACUGGCAAGAUCAACGUGGCAUUGGACUCAUAUUGGUCGACAAAUUACUCAACUACCAGAUCUUGACGCCCGACAGCGUCGUUGAAUGGGCUCUUAUCGACCAUGUCUCGCGCGGCACGCUCCUCGCCACCACAUGGUGCUACGAACUGGUCAGCAACACAACUCGCAAAGUCGCAGGUCGAGUUCGAAGCAUUGUGGCCGCAAUUCGCUCGCCUGGUCUUGCGGAAGAACAGCGGUUAGAACUCCAGCAAACAUUAAACCGUGAACUUGAGGGUAUGAAGUCGCUUUUCGCCGCGAUUGAAGAUGCGGUUGUAAGCAUCAGGGACGGGAAUCAAGAUGAAAUGAUGGAGAGCUCUGAUGCGUUACGCGCCGAAGAAGAGGAGCUCUUGAAGUCUUGGGGAGGGCGAUGGGCGAGGGUCUUCCAACGGAAGUACGCGGUCGAAGAGAGUUGGGUAAGGGAGGAGUUGGCGAAGCCACUGCCGGUGGUGGAAGAGAAGCCUGCAGAGGACGAGGCCAUGAAGAUCGAUGACAACAACGGCGGAGUGAAUGGUGUUGGGGCGGUGGCAGGGACUGGAGAGAAUGGCGAUGCCGACACGGCCGAUAGGAUUGAAUAG